CUCCCCACUUGCCUCAGCAACGCCUCUACGCAGUCACUCCAGUCACUCUUCAAGUAGCUCCGCCCUCCAAAUCUCACUUCCAACGUGUGUCCCAUUUACCAAGACCACACUAAUCCGCUGCUGAUUCCACUACUGAACAUCAUCAUUUCAGAGCCCUUUUAGCGUCCUUUUAUAGUCAUGUCCGAACCUUACGACCCUUACCUCCCCCGCAAUGGCUCCUCAUCCAAUCCCGCUGGCGGGUCAAGUCAAGGUGGAAACCCUAAAACCGCAGCUAUUCAGCAACAAAUUGACGACACCGUCGGCAUUAUGAGGGAGAACAUCACAAAGGUCGCAGAACGUGGAGAAAGAUUGGACUCAUUACAGGAUAAGACAGACAACCUUGCUGUUUCGGCACAGGGCUUCCGUCGUGGUGCUAACCGAGUACGGAAGAACAUGUGGUGGAAAGACAUGAAGAUGCGCAUGAUCAUUGGCGUCGCAGUAGCAAUCAUCAUAAUCAUCAUCGUAGUCAGCAUUGUGAAGGCAACACAUCACUAGGCAGUACGUGGGUUCCACACCUACACUACUCAUCCUUACUACCACUGGUCUAUUGGUUGUUGUAUCUAUGCACCGUAUCGUUAAUUCUUCUGCUUGUUCUCUGUUUUACAUUUUGUUGGCUGCCAUUCACCUACAUUCUUCAGUAGGGCCCUAGUGGGCGAAUUGUGGACCCCGAUACAUAGCUUUCGCUUUGUUAAAUUGUCAUUCGUGUUGUGCUUUUGGAUGAUCCACGUAAUGCUUGAUCUGGGCUAGUGCACAGGCUCCAUUCUGUUCUCCAGAGUCGAAUUCCAAAAUCAAGUUUCAAGACCCCUCGUGGGAUAUGUACACCACCCCCCGUAGGAGUUGAAGAUACGAUCAGGCACAUGAAAUAA